GAAACAGAAAGAGGUUGAUGGUGUGGGAUGAUAAGUGUAGGCGAGCUCCAAUCCCUCUGGUUCUCUUUACCCAAACUGGGUCGACUCUCUGCAAGGCCCCUUCAUCUCCUCGCCUCUGCCACUUCUCUCCGCCUCGCUCAACACUUCCACUUUGAUUCUCUUCUCCGCUCCUACUUUCAGAAACAACUUGCUCAUAUCAGUCCCUUGCAUAAGUUGAAGUCAUUGUCAACUCCUACUUCAAUUUGCUUUAGUCUUUUUGAUGGAAGAGACAACAGCAAUGAUGUUACAAAUAAAGACAUACCCAACUCUAACAUGUCCACUAGAAACUUCUUCAGUGGAAGACAAUGGACAAAUCUUCUGCUUGCCGUUAAUAUCAUAGUUUAUAUUGCACAAGUUGGAACACAAAAUGACUUGACCCUAUGGGGUGCCAAGAUUAACAGGCUCAUCGAUAAAGGGCAAUUGUGGAGGCUUGUCACAAGUGCCUUUUUGCAUGCAAAUGUUGGCCACCUCCUGGUCAAUUGCUAUUCUUUGAAUAAUGUUGGCCCUACCAUGGAGAAGCUCAGUGGUUCAAAGCGAUUUCUUGCGAUUUACUUCACCUCUGCAAUUGCAAGUUCCGCAAUGAGUUAUUGGUGCAGCCAGGCACCUGCGGUGGGUGCAUCAGGAGCAGUCUUCGGCUUAGUGGGAUCUCUUGCAGUCUUUGUCAUGAGGCAUAAAGCUCUGGUUGGGGGUGGCAAAGAAGAUCUAAAGCACAUAGCCUAUGUAAUUGUCCUAAAUAUGGGUAUUGGGCUGUUCUCCAAAGGCAUUGAUAGCUGGGGACAUUUGGGAGGCUUGCUUGGUGGAGCUGCCACAUCAUGGCUUCUAGGACCUGCCUGGAAGUAUGAAUUUUCAUCCACUGAUAGACGAAGGAUUUUUACUGACAAGGCUCCUAUUUUCUACCUCAUCAACCGAGAGCCUAGAUCCUAGGCAUUUUAUACAUAGCUCAAAGAAUUGUACUUCUACUUGAUUAAACUAACGUGCUAUACAGACUGGUGAGGAAUUAGUACGCCAAAUUGGACAUA